AUGACCACAAAUAUCGAAAACAAAACUGUACUUUGUUACCUCGAUGAAAAUUUGAAUAGUAACUCGUACAGUGAAAGUGAGAAAAUUUUUUUAAAAAAUAAUAUAAAUUGGAAAAAAAUAAACGUAUUAAAACGUAGUCAUAGGGAAAAUGAAGAAGGUAGCAGUUGCAGUAGUAGUAAUGGCAUCAUAAUAGAAAAAGCUAAUGGAAACAACAACUGUUCUGAUAAGAGCAACUAUGACAAUGUAACAGUAGGUUACCAAAGUUUGCAAAUUUUGGAACCCUUGAAUUUGAAAGAGAUUUCUAAUUUAGAGCACACAAAUAGUGAGGACACGUUUGUUUUAAGUAAAAGAAAAUACAGCCAUUUAUCCGAAGAAUAUGAAAAAAAAAAAAAAAAAAUGUCAUCACCUGAACUUUUCGCAGAGGAUGAUGAUGUAAUGUCAAUUGAAAGUAUAAAUAAAGAAGGUUUUAAAAACAAAUACAAUUUCGAAUUUGUCGAAAAUUAUAAAAAUUUCUAUUUGAAUAAUUGCAGUACUGCCGAUGGACUGGUUCGUGCGGGAGGAAAAGUCUUCCAUGAGGAGGACACCCAAGUUAAGGUUCAAGUUGGCAAAAAUGAUAAUUGUCGUGAUGGUGAUGGUUAUGGUGCACAUUCUCCCAUCGCCCCUGGAAAGGCAGAUCUGAGGGGGUAUGAAAAUGGGAGCUAUAAAAUUGGAGAUGUAAACGGAAUUGAUAAAAUAUACGAUACAUGUUUUGAAGAUGUUAAAAGCUCUUUCAUCCUAACGAGGAACAUGAAAAAGUGUUAUAAAAAUUUUAUUGAAAAUGAAAAAAAAAAAAAAAAUGAACAAGAAUUUAAGUCAGGAGAUUUUAUGGACAAUGAAUAUAUAAAUAGACCCGAAGAAAACAUAUUAAUAUGUACAAAUGGUACAAGUUUAAAUAAUCUACCAGAAGAGAAAGAGGAAGAAGAAGAAGAAGAAUUAAUUAAUAACACACCGAAAAAUUAUCCCACACUUGAGACAAACAGUUUGAAGGGGGUUCUUGAUAUGCAUAAUACCAAAGACAAACAGAUUGAAGAAGGCAAUAAUAAACUAAAUAAAAAUGAAAACGAUGAAAUGCAAGGUUCCCAAUUAGGUAAUGAUUGUAAUUAUCUAUUCAAUGGAGAACAAAACAGUAAUUUCUUGACGUAUGCUAAAAUGAGCAGUGCAAACAAUAGUAACUUUGACGAUGCUUUUUGGGGGGCUAAAAUGCAGCUGAUUAAUGAACAGAGAAAUUCAAUAGAACUGGAAAAGGAUAUCCAGUUUUACACACCGUUCCAUACUGCCGAUAAGAGGAACAUAAUAGAUGUAUUGAAAAUCGGAGAAAAUAAAGAAGCAGAGAAAGAAUUAAAAGAAGCAGAGAAAGGAUUAAAAGAAGCAGAGAUAGGAAUGAACGAAAUAGAGACCGGAAUGAACGAAAUAGAGACCGGAAUGAACGAAGUAGAGAAAGGAAUGAACGAAGUAGAGAAAGGAAUAAACGAAGAAGUAGGGUCACAAAGCAACAAGGUAAUUUCAACAAAAGGGGAAAAAACUAAUAUGAAACCUUGUAAGAAAAAUGAUAAAUUGGUGUCAAAUGAAAAAUUAAAAAUUAAAGAAGAGAAAUGUGUAGAACGGGAGGAAGAUCUAGAAACACUUGAUAGUGAUAAAGAAAAUCAGAAUUUUCUAAAAAACGUGGAUAAUUUUGAAAAUGUAUCAAUUAACGUCAAUCAGAUGAAACAGGAAAAUUUUCAAGAAUGCAAUAAUGCAUCGAUAGAGGAAAAUAAUUUUUCUUUCGUACAUAAGAAGAAACCUACAAUUGAGGACCAUGGAAUGAGUGCUAAAACAAAGGAUGGGGGGAAACGCCUACACUCGAAUAAUGAACUCUUGGACACUAUUCAUAAACCUAUAGCAACAGGUAGCGAAGAGAUAGGAAAAGUAAUGCAAGCAGGGAGGAAGGAAACAUUAAUUCACAUCAAUUCCUUAGUCAAAAUGGAAAUCCAAAAAAAUAGAAACGAACAAAGUGUACCAGUCACAAUGCCUAUAGUUAAACAGGAAUAUUCUGACAGUGACAUCAGAAAGGAGGAAAGAUUAGAUGAUAUCAACGUAAGCAAGAUUGACAAAAUGAAAGAGAAAUAUGACACUAUUAGAACGAAGAAAGAGAUUGAAGAAUCUCCGGCAUGCAUAAGAAUGAAAUCUGAGGAUGUGGAUAAGCGGGACGACGAGAAGGAGCAAUAUGAGGGGAAGGAGCAACAAGGCGAGUUAAAGGGCUCUGCACAGGGAAUGGCCGAUAGUAUAGAAAAGAACAUAUCGCAAAGCGAGAACGAAAACAACUGUUCCAAAAGGGUCAGCGAAAAUAUGAAUGGAAAUUCUAGUGGUAAAACUAGUGAGAACUCGCAAAGCAAAAGGAGAAAUGUGUUUUACGAAAAUGUAUCAAAUAAAAUAUCGAGGAUAUUUUUUUUUUCGUCACAAAAGGCUAACAAUAAUGAAUCAGGUGGAAACUCGGAAAGUGAUGAGGAGAAGGAAAAUAAAAAUCAAAAGAAUGACUGUGCUGAUACCAACGAAGAAGUUGAAUCGAACGAACCGAAUGGAACGAACGGUGCAAAUGAAGGGGAUGAACCAAAUGAGACGAAUGAUGUAAAUGAAGAGGACACAGAAGAACCGAGAGAUUCAAAGAAUCAAUUACAAGAAAAGGAUCAAGGUGUCGAAUUGAGAAAAAUGGUUCAGUUUAAAGACCAGUCUGGGGGUGACAUCGAUGACGCCAGUUUUGAAAAUAAUAAUCCGAGGAAUGAAAAACUGGAUGAAUCCAAUGAUAAUUCACACAUUUAUCAAAAUAGAAAUAAUGAUGAUAUUGGCGAUGGGCAUAUAAAGAGCAAAACAAAAAAAACGGGAAAAUCUGUUGGGACGAGGAAAACUGAUGGAAAAAAAUUAAUCACAGUAAAGAAAGAACCCAUGAAUGGAAAUAGCUUACCCGAAAUUGAAACAAGAACGUGCAAUAUAUGCAAUUCCAUUUUUGCAAAUAGUAAAUUAAUGCAAAGACAUAUUAUGAGUGUCCACUCGGAUGAAAGACCAUAUGAAUGUGACAUUUGUCUUAAGAGAUAUAAAAGAGCAGAUCACUUAAAAUUGCAUAGAAUAAAACAUGAUAUAAAUAAACAAGGGAAAAAAUAUCAAUGUUCCAUUUGUCAGUUAUUUUUUACAACAACAAGGCAGUUAAAUAAUUGUAAAUUGAAACAUAUGCAAUGCUACAAGGAUAAGUGUGCCUCCACAAUGUCAGGAAUUGAGAAUGAAGGAGAAGAUAUUCAGAGCAAUGCACAAAUGUUUGAUAAUGGUGAAAUGGAAUGUAGUGCACCUUACAAAUCUGAUAAUAAUAAUAAUAAUAAGGAGGAGGAUGAGGAGGAGAAGGAUGAGUUGACUAACUCAAAGAAGGGCGAAAGCAAUACGAAUGACACAAAUAACUGCAAGGAUAAUACUACCAGUAGUAAGAUAAGGAAGAACAGUGAAGAGGAUGCUGCAGGAGAAGACCAAACGUGUAGUAAUGAGAAUUACAUAUGUAACGAAGAAUCAGUACCUGAACAGGUAAAUAAUGAGUUGGUUAUCACACAACAAUCCGAAGACUAUACAAGACCAAAUGAAACCCACAGAAAUAAGAAAGGGUUGAGUGUUAAGAAGGAGUACGACAAACCGAAUAAUAUUUCUGUCGAAAUUAGAACUUGUAAUGUAUGUAACAUGGUUUUUGCAAAUAAAAAAUUAAUGAAAAGGCAUCUAAUGAGUGUACAUUCAGAAUCGAGACCUUAUAAAUGCCAAAUAUGUACAAAAACUUAUAAAAGAUCAGAUCAUUUGAAGAAGCAUAUUUUAACACAUAAGGAUAAUAAAGAAAGAGUAAAAUACACUUGUUCCAUUUGUCAAAUAAGUUAUGAUACUCCAAAAGAAUUAAGAACACAUAAAAUAAGGCAUUCGACAUGCCCAUAUGAAAAUUGUUCAUACUCUUACUCAACUAUUUCGAAAAUGAAAUAUCAUUUAAAUAAGCACAGGUGUAAUCGUUUUUAUUCAUGCCCUGUUUGUACUAAGAAGUUUUUAAUAUAUAAAGAGUUUAUACAACAUAAAAGAACUUGUUUCAAGAAAAAGUAUAUUUGUUUACAAUGUAAUAAAAUAUAUUUGCACGCAAAUGGUUAUAACAAGCACGUCAGGAAAGUACAUCUUAACAUUAUACAAAAUUAUAAAUGCACGUUAAGCAAUUGCAGCAAAGAAUUUUCUUCUGAAUUUAGCCUCAAGGAGCAUAUAAUAAAUUUUCAUCAUCGAGUCAAGAGAUUUUUUUGCUCCAAGUGUAAUAUGUCCUUUGGUUAUAGAAGUUCCUUCAGGAGACACAACAUUAACAUUCAUCCAUGA